AUGGAGCGUCAGCCUGUAAAAACCAUCCCCAUCCACGAACACCUCCGCCCACGCCUCUGCGACACCUACGAAAAUGAUAGCAUUUUCGAUAAAUUUGAAGUCGUCUUCUCUGGUGACGCCCAAAACGUCAUGACGGGAAGCUAUAACAAUAACUUUAUGAUUUACCCGACCGACCCCACCAAGGAAACAGAGGUCGUACUACAGGCGGAUAAGACGGCGUUCAAGGCUAAGAAGGUCGGCGUCCCGACGCCAAUCAACUCGACGGCUUCCACUAACGCUGGGAAGAAGAACGGAUCCAGAUCCGGUAGCCCGUCCGGCGCGGGGGGACGGAUGAGGAAGGAAACGGAUGCUGACCAGAUUGAUUUCAACAAGAAGAUCUUGCAUAUGAGCUGGCAUCCAUUUGAAGACAGCAUCGCCAUUGCUGCCACUAAUAAUCUCUUUGUGUUCUCCGCACUAUGA